UAUAAAUAAAUAUAUAUAUAUGCAUACACACACACACAUAUAUAAUCUUACUAAACUCAUUGUAGCGAUGCCGCCAUAUAUAUAUUAUAUUAUAAUUAACUAUCUAUAUAUAUAUAUCUAAUGACUUGCUAAACUCACGGCAGUGACGCCUCCUCCGCAGUGUUUUCCGCGACAACCUUUGAGCCUUUGGUUUGCUUUGUCAAGCUGCCAACGAGCAGCCCCGUCGGGUCCGAACGCAUGGGGAGGAUGCAGGCUUUGCUUCCUCCGGGGCCCCGGACCCUCCGGCGGCUCCUGACCGGGCUCAGGACCGGGUCCGGCUCCUCUGAAACCCUCCGGCGCUCAGCCUCGGGGAGCGGCUUCAACGUGCCCCCCAGUGCGGAGACCCAGGCCCGUCCGGUGGGGGUCUGCUCCAUGCUCAAGCUCCCCGUCCAGAGCUCAGCCGACGGGCUGGACGCUGCCUUCGUCGGGGUCCCGCUGGACACCGGAACCUCCAACCGACCCGGAGCCAGGUUCGGGCCCCGUGAAAUACGGGCCGAAUCGGGGAUGUUGCGGCGGUUCAACCCAAGCACCGGGGCGGAUCCGUACCAUUCCCUCCGUGUCGCCGACAUUGGGGACGUCAACGUCAACUUGUACAACCUGGCGGACAGCUGCAGGCGGAUCCGGGAGGCCUUCCGGAGGGUCGUGGCCGGGGGCUGCGUGCCUCUGGCGCUGGGAGGAGACCACACGAUCACCUACCCCAUCCUGCAGGCGGUGGCGGAAAAGUACGGCCCCGUGGGUUUGGUGCACGUGGAUGCCCACACUGACACCGGGGACCAGGCCCUCGGAGAGAAGCUCUACCACGGGACCCCCUUCCGGCGCUGCGUCGACGAGGGUCUCCUGGACUGCCGGCGGGUCGUGCAGAUCGGCAUCCGGGGCUCCUCCUACUCGCCCGACCCCUACAAGUUCUGCCGGGAGCAGGGCUUCCGGGUGGUGCUCGCGGAGGACUGCUGGGGGAAGUCUCUGGCCCCGCUGAUGACGGAGGUGCAGGAACAGAUGGGUCGCAAGCCCCUCUACAUCAGCUUCGACAUCGACGGCAUCGACCCGGCUUAUGCCCCGGGAACGGGGACCCCCGAGAUCGCGGGACUCACCCCGGCGCAGGUAACACAGCCCUUCUGGGAGCCAACCUGCUCUUCGAAAUGCUCUGCUCUCUCCCACAAGUGAAGUCGGCGUAAAUGUCUAUCCUAGGCGGAAGUGAUUCGGUGAAAAAUCCAUGGAUUCGGGCUCGAUCCUUUGCUGUGUGUCCUCGUUUGAGUCGUUCCCAACCAACGGCAAAGCUAUUGUGGGAUUUCCUUGGUGAAGUUUACUCAGAAAAGGCUUGCUUCCCUCCGAGACGGAGAGAGGGUGACUUACCCAAAGCCGAGCAGGGAUUCGAACCCUGAUUCUCAUAGUUUCGAUGCUGAAAAUUAUGCCGAACUAGGACACAGAAGUAUCGCCAAGAAGCUGACCAAAGACUCACCUCUCUUACAACUCGCUCCGGCUACAAAAAAACAAGAUUUCCCCCCUAAGAAAAAUACAGGAUAAUAUAUUUUCUUUCUUUCUUUCUUUCUUUCUUUCUUUCUUUCUUUCUUUCUUUCUCACAAACCACACAGUUGGGUCGCGCGUUGACACAAGUUUAUUUUCCUAUUUUUGCCGAUCCGCACGCCUUCGAAGCGAAACAAAAAAAAUACUAGAAUCAGUACUUGUUUACAAAUGCAAAAUAAAGAAUCUUGUCCAAUAAA